UAAGCAUACCGAUAACAUUCAAUUUCUCAUCGUUUUCGUCGUUAUUUAAAAGCGAAGUUUUAUUUUUUCAGCACUUUUUGAAGAGUCAUUGAACGAAAAACGAUUGUAUAGCAAAUAAAGUGCAAAUUAAAGUAAAGAUGUCCUUAAGCUUCGAAACGGCACUUGAUUUGGUUGCCACACAACUGAACAUUCCUUCGAAGGAGCACAAGAUAUUUCUCAGUGAUACCGCAUCGCUGGCCAACUGGAUAAAUGGGGCUCUAAAGGACUAUAAGUCGAUAUUUUCGGAUAGUUUCAGCAAUCUGCCAGAAACUGCCACCUAUAUGUGCGGUAAUGUUAUAGACGUGCCCGCCAAGUUUAACUGUUAUUUGCUGCUGGACCUGAAAUUUCCAUUCUAUUCGGAAUUCAAAAACGAUGGUUGCAUCUAUCUGCACUGCAAGAACCAAUUGAGGGAAUCCAUAAUAUCCACCGUACAUCUGCAGAAUCGACUUCGCGACGAUCUCUACAAGCUGCUGGGAAACCUUCCCAUAGUUAAUUGCCAUGGACGCAGCUACCAGCUAUGCUACCACACCACCGUGUAUCCCAUCAGCGCCCACACUAUUAUCGCCACCCAACUGAAGAAUGCCAACAAUUCACGGAUCGUAUUUGAGUUUCUGGUUGCCAUAAAAUUGGAAAUCUCCGAAUAUCCGAGACCGUUAAGCGUGCCACUACCAGAGUCAUUGCCGGCUAAGCGAAUGAGCUACUGGUUGGCACUUCCCGUAACCCACUUCGAUGUUAACUUCAACUCGCUUAGCUACUUGGGAAGAAGUCAUGUCUGGCAGAUGGCCAACAACGAGCAGCGUGAACGCUGGCGUCUCGUCGUGCGUCUCUUUUACAUGCUGAGCAUUGGCAAUGGGACGCUGAGCACCAUUGGAAUUCAUGCUCUUAAGCACACUUGUAUUAAUCUCUGCGAGAGAUACGGCCUAGAUCAGGCAGAUCGACCACUAAGUCUGAAACUAAUGGACAUGAUGAAUACUCAUGGCUCUUUAAAGCUUACAGAAGUAUCUGUUGCCCAGAAUAGUGGACACAUUGUAAACUUUGAUGCUCAUCCCGCUCUUUCUGCGGACUGCGCCAAAACCGAUAUAUUGCUCUCAAAGAUGAGGGCUAGAAUGAACAAAAAAUCAGGAGUUGAUCUGGAUAAGUUUAAGCUUCUCUUUGGUCUUUUGAAACAAAAACUGAAGUUAAAAGACACCAAAUGAAGAAGUUAUGAAAUCAAUAUAUACAAUAUAUUUGAUUUAUGAAAUUUACAUUCGUGAAUGAUCCGUAUA